AUGUUCGACUUCAUCUCAAUGCUUACGUUUAUUCUAGGUUUUUUUAUCCUUGCAUUAACUAUGAAGCGUAAGGAGACGAAGAAAACCGUGUUAGUGACUUCCUACAAAAGAAACCUCUCUCUCCCUCCCGGACCGAAAUCUUGGCCUCUAAUCGGAAACCUACCGGAAAUACUCAGGAAGAACAAACCGGUGUUCCGGUGGAUACAUUCACUCAUGGAAGAACUCAACACCGAUAUUGCAUGUAUUCGUCUCGGCAAUACUCACGUGAUCCCCGUGACAUCGCCGCGGAUUGCAAGGGAGAUUCUGAAGAAUCAAGACUCCAUUUUUGCCACUAGACCGCUAACGAUGGGCACGGAGUAUUGCAGCCGCGGGUACUUGACCAUUGCGGUGGAGCCGGAAGGUGAGCAGUGGAAAAAGAUGAGGAGAGUGGUGGCAUCUCACGUAACAAACCGGAAGAGUUUCAAUUGGUCGCUCGAAAAAAUAACCGAAGAGGCCGAUAACCUCGUCCGUUACAUCAAUAACCGUUGUGUCAAAAGCCGCGGUAGUGGUAAUGGUUUUCCGAUAAUUGAUUUAAGGCUUGUAGUGCGGCAAUACAGCGGAAAUGUGGCUCGGAAGAUGAUGUUUGGUGUAAGGCAUUUCGGCGACGGAAGUGAAGAUGGAUCAGGACCAGGCUUUGAAGAGAUUGAACAUGUUGAAUCUCUGUUUACGGUUUUAACACAUCUUUACGCCUUUGCCUUGUCGGAUUAUGUUCCCUGGUUAAGGUUCUUGGACUUAGAAGGCCAUGAGAAGAUCGUGAGUGGCGCAAUGAGGAACGUAAGUAAGUAUAAUGAUCCUUUUGUCGAUGAAAGACUCGUGCAAUGGCGUAGUGGUAAGAUGAAAGAGCCUCAAGAUUUUCUCGACAUGUUUAUUAUGGCAAAAGACACUAGCGGGAACCCUGCUGUCUCGGACGAAGAGAUCAAAGCACAAGUGACGGAACUAAUGUUGGCCACGGUGGAUAAUCCGUCAAAUGCGGUCGAGUGGGCCAUAGCGGAGAUGAUUAACGACUCGAGCAUCAUGCAAAAAGCCGUAGAGGAGAUCGAUAGGGUAGUUGGAAAAGACCGUUUUGUCCUUGAAUCUGACUUCUCAAAUCUCAACUACAUCAAGGCGUGUGUGAAAGAGGCAUUCCGGUUACACCCCGUUGCGCCGUUCAAUCUCCCUCACAUGUCGACUGCCGACACAAUGUUGGACGGUUACUUCAUCCCUAAGGGAAGCCACGUGCUAAUUAGUCGUAUGGGGAUCGGAAGAAACCCCAUCGUGUGGGAUAAGCCACAUAAGUUCGACCCUGAGAGACAUUUAAGAAAUAACGUAGACGUGGAGCUGAACGAUCCAGAUCUUAAUCUGAUAUCGUUCAGCGCGGGACGAAGAGGGUGUAUGGGUUCGAACAUUGGGUCGGCCAUGACCUACAUGUUGCUGGCUACGUUGAUUCAAGGAUUCACUUGGUCUUUAGUGAUUGGUGAGAGUAAAAUUGACAUUUCGGAAAGCAAGAGUGAUCUUUUCAUGGCAAAGCCUUUACACGCGGUUGCAACACCUCGUCUGGUUCCACAAGUUUACUAA